GUCACUUGCUUUUACGGAACAGAACAAUAACAUUCAGGGGAAAAUGGCUGACGUUAGCGUUCCAGAUAUAACCAGAUUUCAAAUGUAUUUAUUUGGUUGUACACUCAAAUCGGACAGAAAGGAGUUCAAAGUUGAGGAGGACGAUGAUGCGGAUCAUCAGCUGUCACUCAAAGCAGUGUGCCUGGGUGCUGAGGCAGAGGAGGAGUUUCACACGGUGGAGAUCGAGGGUGUCACAUACGACGGAAAGACCACCAAAAUUCCACUGGCUGUGCUGAAGCCGUCUGUGCUGCCCUCUAUGAGUUUAGGAGGGUUUGGGAUCACCCCUCCAGUAACCUUCCGCCUCCAGUCUGGCUGUGGACCAGUGUACAUCAGUGGACAGCAUUUUAUCAAUGUGAAGGACUCUGAUGACGAAGAAGAGGAAAACAGCUCGUCACCUGUGACGAGGCCGUCAAGCUUGACCUCAGGGAAGCGUCCAGCUCCGAAGAAACUGAAAAUGGAGUCAAAUGAUGAUGAUAGCGAUGAAAAUGACGACGAUGAUGAUGAUGAUGACAACGACGAUGAUAGUGAUGAAGAUGAGAGUGACGUGAAAGUACAGAAGGUCCCAGUCAAACCAACCAUAAAGAAAAGCCCGGAGCCUUUGGGGCAGAAGCCUAAAAGUGUGACAUUGGCGCAGAAUGGCUCACCAGGGAAUCAAGGGGGACCAUUGGUUAAACCUCAAACCAAGACACCAGUGGGAGGAAAAGACAAGAGUCAGAAGGAAAAGUCUGGAGCUGGCCCAUCCAAUGUUCUCACCGUGCCUGAAAUCAAGAGCAAGCUAGCGUUGUUAGCCAAAGAGUGACCUCGACCACAAGGUCACCUGGCGACCGUUCACUCUUCAGUGUGCAUGGUCAAUGCAAGAAUAUGUUGAUGACAACAAUGCUGCUUUCUGCUUUGCUUCUUAACCCUAUCAGUCCCGAGACCCCAGGAAACAUCUGCUUUUCAUUUUUCUGACAUUCAUUUAUCUACAUGUCCAGCCCUUAUAUUUAGCCUCACAAUGAAGUGUUUUACCAUUUUCUUUUCAGGACAACCAGGGCUAUAGGUAGAACACAAAACAAUUUGACAUAAAUGUCAAUAAAAAAAUAAGGUCAGCCAAAGCAUAAACCCGAUAAAAAGGAAUGUAUAUGAAUGCUGGAAGUACAGAAUAGUAUUUAUUUUUUAUUACUUUUUUUGCUCACUGGAAAAUUAAUAUCCAACGAGUCAGUGACAACUGUGUGGAGUUUGUGAAAGCAACUAUGUGAGCUUAUUACAGUAUUAUAGACCCUGGCCUUCUAAUGACUCUUGUGUGUCUUGUGAGCGAAACAGAGCAAAACAUUUGUGGGUUCGUGACAGUCUCAGCUUUUCAUAAAUAGUUUUUAAUAGUUUGUAGCUCAAACCAUUCGGACUCUACAGACGUUUUUGUACAAAAGACCCAGCCCAGGCCCCUUCAGGGGCCAACCUUGUCUCACAAACACCGCUCUAGCUCAGCCCCCGUUAAUCACACAGACAAAUUGUUGGUAUCUAUGGAUGCAAAAGAAAUCGACGAAUACAAUGGUACAACUCAGAAGUCUUUAGCUCAAACACACUAUGGUUAAAAGGGGUUAGAAGUCCAAAACGUGCCAGCCAUACGGUGGGCCUCAUUGAGUUAAUAUAAAUCUGUUUUAUAUAAAGAGUUUUAUAUAUUUACACUAUUAGUUUGUGUAUCUUACUGUCUACAAACCGCCAGUUUGUCUUUUCUGAGCAGGUUGUGGCUAAAAUAAAUUGUGUCAGCUGCUAAUACUAAUUGCUAGUUAGCUGGCUAGCUAGCUAACUAAUAAAUGUACUCAGAGCAAACGUAGCUCGCUAAUGCAGCCUAAUACCAGUGCUGGAGUAGGCGUAAAUUAGCAUGUUGUUUGUGCAACAGUAUCUUCUAAAAUCAGAGAACUAUGUUAGCUAUGAAGUAAGAGAAAACAUUUAAUGUAGCCAAAGACUAUAGGGUCCCACUCUCCUGGGAAACACUGACCAACACUUUUGUUCCUACCCUGUCACAAUAACGCCUCCAUAGAGAUCCCAUUAGUAUUCUAAUUCCUAAUUCUAUGAACACCUCCCUGGCUUUUUCAUUCGUUGUCAUGUCAAACACUGUAUUCAAAGUGCCCACAAUUACAUUCUAACAAUAGAAUUAGAAUAAUCAUUCUAUUUUCAAGAGUUUACACAAGUGUUUAGAUCUAAAUCGCAAGUCAAAUCGCAAUAGCAAUUUCUGGUAAAGAAAAAUAAGAUAUUUUGCCCAUAUUGUGCAGCCAAAAGUAGCAGUGUGGAAAUUAUCUCAAAUAAGAGCAACUUUUGGUUGAAGUUUGAUUGAACAGUAUAAAACAUACAGAAUGGAAAAAGCCCCACUGAAAUCAGUUAGAAUGUAUGUGUUGACAUCCUAGGGUCAUGCACAACUCAUAAAGUCAAUUUAGAACGUAUUAUUGAAAAACAAAAAUGUGAAAAAUACGGUGGCUUGCGAAAGUAUUCACCCCCCUUGAUAUUUUUCCUAUUUUCACCCCCCUUGGCAUUACAACCUGGAAUGAA